AUGAUGUCUCUCUUCUUCGUUUUAUCAUGCUUCUUGUUGGCCAUGGUGUCAGCGGCAACCGGGAGUGAUAGAACGGUCCCGCCUCCCAAGUCGUCCCCCUCAGUUGCAAAUAUCUUGGUUGAUGGAGACAAGCCGGUUACUCUCAAAGUGACAACUGUCACCUAUAUCAGUGCCAAGAACUCUACCACGGUGUUGCCUAUCUUGACUCUGUCGAUCGUGGUGGUUGAAGAAAUCGCCCAAGAGUCUGUUGCUGUCCUCACCGUUCCAGCUUCCCCUGCCUCAGAGACUACGAGCGUACCCACGCCAUCGGGAAGCGGAAGGAUGCUGAAUUGUUCCGUAUCCAAGGGCAAGGUGGAUGUCUUCUUUAUUGUUGGAGGCAGAGGUCAGGUGCAGGAGGAGUUGAUGUCUACCGUUUGCGAGGACUCGCAGUGGAUGGAGUCGAGGGCCGAGUACCGGACUCCGACGGCGGCCAGCCUUCAUGCAUGGCAAUCUGGCCAACAACCCAGACAUGUUGCCGCAAGUCGACCGGUUGGUGAUGGUGUUCUGGGCGGCGCCACAAUCGCCGCUUUGGACGUGGAUUCUAGACAUGUACCAAACCAAACCGCUCGCUAG